AGGAAAACAUUCUACACAAAUGACAUCAGAAGCAAUUUUGGGUUCAAAACAACUAUCGCGGGAAUAUGUGGGUUUUCCUUACCGGAAACUGCGUCUAACAACAAACAAGCUGUAAGCAAAUACCACGGAGUUAAAAUGGCCAUGGUGGAGAGAAAGAGCCUAAACAUAAUUUGGUUUGUUUUGCCAGAAUUUCGCAAGGUAAACAAACAGGACGGAGGGAGAGCAUGAUGACAGCUAGUGUAAUUUGACAUUCCAGAUGAAACCGAUGAUUGAUACAAAAGAUCCAAAUAAUGUUGGAUGCGGGAAUCUUCUGGAAGUGCCAGUUCCAACACCAGAAGGAAAAGAUGUAGAGCAACCCGCUAUGGACAGUAUAGGGGGGAAUGUCGAGAACGGCGAGAAUAAUCAGAAUUUUCUUGGACCCCAUAACUGGCGAGAAAAACUGAAACCAGUGCAAUCGCCAAUUCGCAAGAACGGUCCUUCUGGUAAUGACGAGGGCGAAAGAAACUCGGGUUCGAGAGUUGUUCACGACAGCAGAAAAGUGAAGGACAUAUUAGAGGGUGUUCGAGGACAAGACAUACCAAAGCGUAUCCCUUCCUGGAAGCGCUGUCUUAUUGAAAAGAAGAAGGGAAAAGCUGCUAAGACUUCACCUGGAGUUCACAGAAAGAAUUCCCUAAAUCGUAAUGGUUCAGUCAAUCGCAGUGGAUCAAUCAACCGCAGCAACUCCAUCAAUCGUAAUGGUUCAAUCAACCGUGGAAAUGGCUCCUUCAAUCGUGGUGAAUCAACAUUCACCAAACAGGUGGUCAACCUCACCCCCAAUACAAGUUUCCAGAGGAAGAGGGUCUCUCCCAACAACUCGUUCAAUAAGUCCACACCUGGUGGAGGUCAGCUGACGAAGAGUCGCAUCGCUAAGGUGCUCCGCCUCCGUCUCUACCUCCUUCAGCAGAUGGGGCCUAACUCCUUCCUCAUUGGUGGUGACUCCCCCGACCACAAAUUCAGGGUCAUCAUUGGCCCACAGUCGUGUAGUUGUGGUAAGGGUCCUCACUGUGUCCACGUCCUCUUUGUCAUGCUGAGGGUUUUCCAGGUUAGCGAAGGUGACCCGUUACUAGGCAGCAAAACACUCAAAAAUUAUGAGGUUGAGUCUCUGUUCAGGGAUUACCAUGAGAAAAUAUCCUCACGGAUACAGAAUAGGAAAGAGGAAAGACAAAAGCAGCUGAAGAAGAUAGAAGAACAAGCAGGCACUCCCUCCACUGACUCUACCCCAGCUCCCUCAGAGACAGAUCUAGGAAGUCAGAAAGAGGAGGAUGACACAUGUCCAAUAUGCCUGUUGGAAAUGUUAGAAGGAGAAAGUCUGUUAAAGUGUGAGGAUGGUUGUCAGAACCGCCUCCAUCACCAUUGUAUUGCUGUAUGGUUUGAGCUGUGUAGACGACAAAAUGAUCCGUUAAUUUGUCCACUCUGUAGGACCAAAUGGAAAACUAAUAACUUAGAAGUGCGAAGUGAUGGUACGUCAGCCAGCAGUGAUUCUCCUAUGGUACCCCCAAACACAAGGGCAUCGUCUCCCCUUCCUACAGAAGGAGAGGAACGUCUGCCUUAUGCUGAGCCUAUACCCUCAGAGCAUGUCUCUGCAGCAGCUCCGUGGGUGGAGUUAUUGGGAGAGGAUUUGGUGUCCUGUUUCUUCAGCAAAAGUUGGUCAAUUCGUGAAUCUGGAUUGAAGCACCUUGGAAAGGAAACCAGGGCCGUUUUGAUGAGAAAUAUGGCCGAGGGUCGGCGUAAUUCAAUUACCUCCCCUGUCAGACAGGACGCCACACACAAAAUGCUGGAGUGUUGCUGUCAGAUCCUCAGUUUCAUGUGUCUGGACCCAGUGUAUAAGGUUUAUGUGGCUAGUCUGCGAACUCUGAGGACAUUCCUUUCCUACACACCAUGUCGGGAUCAGCUACAACGCCGACGGUUACAACACCUCCUAAAACCUGUAAUCCACGCCAUCAUCAUCAAGUGUACAGAUGGCAAUAGGAGGACAAGCCAAUUGUCUUUGUCAACAGCCAUUGAACUGGCUAAGGGACAAGAAGGCGAGCUUGCAGUUGGCAAGGAUAUACACAACGGAGGUACAUAUGGUAUGGAUAGCCUGGAUUAUGUUGUAAGCUGUGCCACUGAGGAUUAUGAUUCAGACACGGUUUCCUGGCAGUGGCUGCUAGGAAGACUAUAUGUGCUGGAAAGAAUGUUUGAAGAAUUUCAAAAUGAACUUUUACCUCGACAUCCCCCUGAUGGAACGUCUGCGGAUGAUGAAGCUGCCUCCGCAGUAGAAGGUGCCACUGCAGCCACGCCUUCUAGAUCUUCAAAUUAUGAGCGUCUUCUUUCCUGUGCCAGAUUUGCUGUAAAAGCAGUUGGAAAUUCUCAUAUGAGAGUCAGUCGCAUGGCCAGACGAGUGUUUUUUCUGGUUGCAAAAUUCUCUGCUCACAUGGACAACAUUAUAGAAGAUCUUGAUGAGUUACUUAUAGGACUAGACUCAAAUGUGGCUUUAUCAAUGAAAAAAAGACUUUAUCGCAUAGUGGGGGAUUUUCAGCUUUCUGAAAAAAUUGUGAAUGAAUUACACCAAGGAACAUUAAAAUAUCGAAGGAAUUUUGACAAUUCCCCAGUUGACUCUCCAUUUGACACACCUGUCUCAAGCCCACGCUGUGUUUCUCCUGUAACGGUCUCCUCUUCUCACUCAGACUGCCAAAGUGAGGCUAGCACCUCAAGCAAACAUGCCCCACUUGUGCCUCCAAACACACCCAUCAGAGGUCGUAAGAAACAGCGUGGAAGGACUGAUAAGACGGACGAGGCUGUGGCAGGAUCCUUGUCUGUCCCAUUAUUAGAGAAGGAUGAAAACUUAGUCAGUGACAUAAAUACCAUGCCUCUUGUGAAGGACAAAGUGAGAUCACUAACGCCCAGUUUGUUGCCCUACACCAUUGACCAGUCUCCUGGUAAACAGUCUCCACCCCCUAUACCACCAAGGCCUUUAAGCCGGACCAAGAGUUAUGAAAUCUUAAAUAAUCGGUUUUCAUUGUCUCCUCCUCCUGUGGUCCAAAGAAUCAACUCAAGUGACAUUAAAAAUAACAAUGUAGACAAUGAUAAAAAUAUUGAAAACAUGCUGAAAGACAUUAGUUUGAGUGAUAGUAAAACAAAGGGUAAAAAUGCGUAUGUUAAUCAACAAAUUAAUGAGUGUUUUAUAAUCUGUGAUAAGGAACCAGACCUGACAAGUGAGUCUAUAAAACACAAAUCUCUGGUCUCCCAGAGACUUUCAUUUGAAUGUGAUGACGAGACAAAUAAACCUGUGAACACUAGUGGCAUCAUGUCAAUAUCCUCCGACGAAAAAACAAUCUCCUCCGAUGAUUCUCUCGAUCGGCCACGACGAAGGUCUGGAGCCAGUGGUAAAUCGUGUCUCAGCACACCCCAACAUAAAUGUCUAUCUAGCGAUGAAUUGUUGGAGCAAAGUUGCUGUAGAAGUACACCAUCAUGUACACCAGAUAGGGAGAAACCUGUCACGUUUAAAACGGAGGUCACAGUUCUCACACCCAAGCAUUCUCCAAGCCACACGGUCAGCACAUAUGGUAAUGACAAGGCGUGUGCCUGUAAAGAAGAGGUAGAGCGCGAGGAAGCGAUAGCUCUGUCUGAGGCCAUGAAGGUGUCAUGGUUAGAGCCCCCAAAGCCAGUUGUACCCGGACUUACUCCUACAGACAAGGAACAGGUCAUCACCAUUCGUGUACAGCCAGAUGACUACGGGAAAAACGUUUCGGACAGUACUGACAACAGUAACCAGCCUACUCUAUUCCUGGAGAAUGUCCACUGGGUAAAGGGACCCCUUCUUGGGACCGGGGCUUACAGCACUUGUUACCAGGCAAGAGAUGUGAAGAGUGGCGUAAUCAUGGCGGUCAAACAGAUUUCGUUUUGCCGGAACACACCAGAAGAGCAGGAAAAGGUGGUGGAUACAAUCACAGAAGAAAUCCACAUGAUGACUAAACUCAAUCACCCCAACAUCGUGAGAAUAUUGGGAGCGACAAAACAGGGCUGUCACUUCAAUAUGUUUGUGGAAUGGAUGCCAGCUGGAUCGCUGGCCUCCCUGCUGUGUACUUACGGCGCCUUUUCCGAGAAUGUGAUGACUAGUUAUACCCUCCAGGUGUUACGAGGAAUGGCCUAUCUCCAUGACAACCAUGUAUUACACAGGGAUCUCAAGGGAGCCAAUCUGUUGGUGGACAGCACAGGACAGCGGUUGAGAAUUGGAGAUUUUGGGGCUGCUGCUCGGCUUGCCUCCCAGGCCACAGGGGCAGGAGAAUUUCAGGGACAGCUGUUGGGCACCAUUGCCUUUAUGGCACCAGAGGUUUUGAGGGGUGAGAACUAUGGCAGGGCCUGUGAUAUGUGGAGUGUAGGGUGUUGUAUGAUAGAGAUGGCCACAGCCAGGCCUCCCUGGGGAGCCAAGGACAUCUCCAACCACCUGGCACUUAUAUUUAAGAUUGCUACAUCACAGGAGCCACCGCCGAUUCCAGACAACAUAUCACCACCAGUACGAGACCUCAUGCUCAGGUGUUUAGAACAGAAGAAAGAAGAGAGACCCUCGGCCAAGGACCUACUCAUCCACCCUCUGUUUACUCAGUACAUGUCACAGAAAACCCUUCAUGUGUCCAACUUAUAGGUGCUAAGGUUGUAGUAGUGGGCCACAGUUCUACACCUGGAACCACACUGCUAGUGACUCAUUCUUGUGACAUCACUUUCGGUAACCAAACUUUUUUUCGGAUACAGGAGAAACUAUUUCCAGUGUUUGAAAAAUUCAAGUUUGUAAACAGUAUGUACAGUGAUUUUACCAACAUCCUGUAUCACCUGACAUAUCCAUCCGAACGGAGACAUGCUCCAUUGUCGCUGCUGACACUGACUAUACUGACACACUGCCGUAUCCAACACAUUGACACAGGGUGUUGGUCAAGUCAGGUUUCACUGUAUAACUAGCAGAUAAACUAGAAUUGUAUGAUCUGUGAUUUUAUACACACACCACUGACAGUGAACUGUGUGUUUGUAAACAAGAUCUGUGAUUAAAACAGCUCAAGAAGGAGAGAUCUAUAAUCAAAUAAAUGCAAUCUCAGUACUAUAUAGCAGGUCACAGAAUGUAUGUCAUUGUGAAAGAUUUUAGAGGGUUCUGAGAUGAAUCAUAAAACUUAAUGUCAUCUAUCUUUAGCAUUUGUUAAUUAAUAAUUAUAACAAUCAGGGAGUAUGGUUGAAUAGGGCUUAGUUUUCACUGUACAUGAUAUGGGGAAAAAUAGAAUUGGUCCAAUGCAUUGAUUCAGCUUUAAAACAUAUUUUAUAGAUUUGUCUUGAGGAUUUUCUGAAGAAAAACAUUCAACAAUUACAAAAGAUGGUGCUUUUGUUUGUUAAAAUUGUUAUUUGUUAUCAAUUAAUUUGAAUUGUUUAAAAACAAAGCAUAAUGAAUUACACAUUUUCAUAUUGAAAAACAUGCUUUGUAUAGACAUGUUAAUACAUGUAUUAAUUGACCCUGUCUGUAUUACACAUGCAUGUUUUUUGUGUCAUUGUCAUAAUAUCAUGUUACCACUCAAUAGAUAACAUGUAUGUUCUACAAAAAUUAAAUAUUAAUUGUCUGGAUAAAAUAUUUUUAUAACUUAUAAAAUUGUAUUUGAAAAUAUUUUUUCAUCAAUUUCUUUUUUCUGUAGUAGACUAUACAAAUACCAGGUCACAGUAAUGUUUUUAUGUCAAAAGUGCUUAUUCAUAAAAAGAAUUUGGAAUCCACUCCUAUAUGUAUUGUUAUAAAGGUUUUUUUCACUUAAUGUUGACAUUAUCAAAAUAUUCUCGGUUUUCAUGAUAAAAAGUAUACAAAGUCAGAACCCUAUAUCAUUGGAAGUUUUAUUUAAUUGCCAAAAGUUGUCCUUUUUAUAUAAAAUAUUUUCUGUUUUUAUACAAGUAAAUUCUUACAAUACUAAUUAUAUUAAAUGUUGUUUAUUUGUUAACUGUUAAAGAAAUAUGAAACAUAAUCUGAUUUAAAAUGGAUUUAUGCAGAAACACAAUUUCAACAUAUCUUAAGUUUGUAAUUACAAUCUUUGCUAAAUUAUAGAUGUUAUUUAAGCAUUGAUGUCUUUUUUUUUUAGUUUCUAGGGGUAUGAAACAAAUUUUGUUUGCA